CUGGGUACAGGAGGGAGGAGGUGGGAGGCGCAGAGCUUGGAGAGAGAGGAGACGGAGCUCCAGCACAGCAGGAGCGCGCCUUGGCGGUGCAGUUUCAACCUCGCCGGCUCAGCCGCUCACACGCCGCCGCCUCCCGAAUCAGCAGGAGCCGCCACAGCUCCUGGCAGCCGCCGCCGGGCUCCGCGCUCGGGCCGCCAGCCGCCGUCAGGACCUCCCCUUGCCAGUACUCAGUCCGCAAGCUAUUUCCUUCUGCCAGCCUCUUUGAACUCGCUGGGUCUUUGCCUUUGCUCGGCUCUCUCCUAUUAUUUCUCCCACCCUCUGUUUUCUUAAAUUUUCUUCCUUUAGUUAUCCUGCAUCUUGCUUUUCCCCCCGCCCCUCUCACUGAGGAUUGCUUGAUUUAAGAUGACUUGUCUUCCUUACCCUCGUCCAUUUCGGUCCUGAAGAUUGAAAAGGAGCCUAUAUAUAUACACACACACGCUGGCAUUUACAGACCACGUUUUUAAAAGGAGGGAAAAAAAAAAAAAAAACUCUAAAGAGACCCAAGAAGGAAACCGCGGGACCUUGAGUCCAGCCAGGGCGGCACUAGCAACCGUAACUCGUAUUCCAUUUAACCUCACUGGCGAGGAGGGAGAGAAGAGCCGAAAGCAAACUUCAGUCGCCUAGGAGGACCGCUGUGUUCGCGUUUGGAGGAGCCGCGAGCCUGCAGGCGAACACCCCCACGGGGAGCGGGAGGCUCCGCGAGCUGCCCUCACCCCCUCCGCCAGGCGGGAGUCGCGGACUGAGCGGCGCGGGACAGCGGCGGCUCAGGCGGCCCGGGGAAGAUGCGGGGCUCCGGGCCCCGGGAUGCGGGACGCCGGCGGCCCCCGGGAGGCAGCGAUAGCGGCCCCUCCAGCACUCCCGCGUCCCUAGCUGGCUGCUCCACAGCUCGUCGCAGGACCCCCCUCUGGACGUGCCUCCUCCUGUGCGCGGCUCUCCGGACCCUCCUGGCCAGCCCCAGCAAUGAAGUGAAUUUAUUGGAUUCACGUACUGUCAUGGGGGACCUGGGAUGGAUUGCUUUUCCAAAAAACGGGAUGGUUUCUGCUUUUUUCUACUCAUAUUGGAAUUAUUUCCAUAAACUUUUGGGACAUUUAAUAUUGAUUAACCUAUAUGAUCUAAGCAUGGAUGUAAAUAGCAUUGUUUCCUGGAAAAUAUUAGCUAGUAUUAUCAAGGCUUAUUCUUAUGAGAAUAACAUUAAUGGUUGCUGCGAAUGUGGCUGUGGGAGGGCUUCUUCCCUGUGCGCUGUUGCCCAUCCAAGCCUAAUAUGGCGGUGUGGUUACAGCAAAGCAAAACAAGAUCCAGAAGAGGAAAAGAUGCAUUUUCAUAAUGGGCACAUUAAACUUCCAGGAGUGAGGACUUAUAUUGAUCCACAUACCUAUGAGGAUCCCAAUCAAGCUGUCCAUGAAUUUGCCAAAGAGAUAGAAGCUUCAUGCAUCACUAUUGAAAGAGUCAUUGGAGCAGGUGAAUUUGGUGAAGUUUGUAGUGGACGUUUGAAACUGCCAGGAAAAAGAGAAUUACCUGUUGCAAUCAAAACCCUUAAAGUAGGCUAUACUGAAAAACAACGCAGAGAUUUCCUGGGUGAAGCAAGCAUCAUGGGACAGUUUGAUCACCCUAACAUUAUUCAUCUAGAAGGAGUUGUGACCAAAAGUAAACCAGUGAUGAUAGUGACAGAGUACAUGGAAAAUGGUUCUUUAGAUACAUUUUUAAAGAAAAACGAUGGGCAAUUCACUGUGAUUCAGCUUGUUGGCAUGCUGAGAGGUAUCGCUGCAGGAAUGAAGUACCUUUCUGACAUGGGCUAUGUGCACAGAGACCUUGCUGCCAGAAACAUCUUAAUCAACAGUAACCUUGUGUGCAAAGUGUCUGACUUUGGACUUUCCAGGGUACUGGAAGAUGAUCCCGAGGCAGCCUACACCACGAGGGGAGGCAAAAUCCCAAUCAGAUGGACUGCCCCAGAAGCUAUAGCUUUCCGAAAAUUUACCUCUGCUAGUGAUGUCUGGAGCUAUGGAAUUGUGAUGUGGGAAGUUGUGUCUUAUGGAGAAAGACCUUACUGGGAAAUGACUAAUCAAGAUGUGAUUAAAGCAGUAGAGGAAGGUUACCGCCUGCCAAGCCCCAUGGACUGCCCUGCUGCUCUCUACCAGUUAAUGCUGGAUUGCUGGCAGAAAGACCGAAAUAGCAGGCCCAAGUUUGAUGAAAUUGUCAGCAUGUUGGACAAGCUGAUACGUAAUCCAAGUAGCUUGAAAACGCUAGUUAAUGCAUCCACCAGAGUAGCAAGCUUAUUGGCAGAACAUGGCCCACUGGGAUCCGGGGCCUACAGAUCAGUAGGUGAAUGGCUAGAAGCAAUCAAAAUGGGCCGGUAUACAGAGAUUUUUAUGGAAAAUGGAUACAGUUCAAUGGACGCUGUGGCUCAGGUGACUUUGGAGGAUUUGAGACGCCUUGGAGUGACUCUUGUCGGUCACCAGAAGAAGAUCAUGAACAGCCUUCAAGAAAUGAAGGUGCAGCUGGUAAAUGGAAUGGUGCCAUUGUAACUUCAUUUUAAUGUCACUUCGUCAAGUGAAAAAUUCUGCACUUUGUAAACAAGCCCUGAGAUUUAUUUUGACAAAAAAAGGGGGGGAGGGAAAACUCAGUGAUUUCUAAACUUUAGAAUAGCACUUGUUUUAGCCACAGAAUUUGUAAUCAGUGUUUUGCUAAUAUAUCUCAGUGUCUUCACUUUUCAUGAAGCAAAAAAACCUGCAUGGAAUGAGAACAUGAGGUUAAACAUUAAAUGUGUUACAAUAAAAUACUUCCCAAUCCUUCCAUAAAAUUUUAUACACGAUGUAUAUCUAUAUACAGCACCUUCAUAGACUGAAUUACAGCAGCUCCUUUCAAACCUUCCACGGAGAUUCCACUUGAAAGGAAGUUUUAUAGCCAUUUUAUGGGCUAGCAAAAGCUGCAAGUUAUUGAUGUUUACUUCAAGUCUUAAUUGUCUACAUAAAUGUAUUGAAGAGCAAUAUUGUUAGAUAAUUUCUUAAUAGAUAUCUUUUUUGUAAUUUUAAAAUACUGUUACACAGUGUUAAGUUAUAGAAACUAGUGUAUAAAUAUGUUGCCUGAGUAAGGACAAGUACAAUACAGGGUGUAUAUUUAUUUUUCUGUGAUAAAAAAAUUUACUUUGACUUGCUCUUCUAGAAACUAUUAGGUAAUAAAUGUGUAUAUACUGUAUAAUUUGCAACAUAGUGUGAAAUCAGUUUAAAUUGGAGUUGUGUACUUGCACAUAUGUUCAUUACCAGUCUGCUUCAUUUCUAAUAGUGUCUUACUUUUAGCAAUAUACAGUAAUAAAUGUUCCAGAGUGUAAUAUAAAUAGAAUAUAGGGAAGCAGUAAAACAAAAUUUAACACAAGCUUGUGUCUUUUUUCCUCUCAUGUGUCCAACAGCUACUAAAUCUCUUUAUUCACUAACAGGAAAUGUCUGUAAGAUUAAAUCCCCUUUGGCUUUUUAAAAACACUUUGUGAUAUCUCUGACAAUGCAGUUCUUCUAGCCAUUAAUCUUGCACCCCUGUAAGAAAUUUCACCUUUCUGAGUUCCAGAAAAUAUCUUGUCAAGCAAAGUUGACACCAAAGGGCACAUUUUCAGCAGGAUGUAGAAGGAUUUAACUGUGCAGGCUUCUGUUAAUGUUGUUAAAUCCAGGCACAUAGCACUAAGCAUUACCCCUAAGUGUUAAUCCUUUGAACCAUUUCCCUGUGGCUCAGCUCUAGAAAAUUUGAUACCAAGACUGCAAAGAAAUGAUGACAUAUAUCCCCCUUGGGAAUUGUCUGUCUUAAGAUACGAUAAGUUUUAUUUGUUGAUUGACUAUUAUCUAUUCAUUUCAUAGUUUCAUCUUGUAAUCACUUGGUUCCAUGGAACUGAAUUAAUUUAUAUGAACCAACAAAAAUAUGACUAAAUUGACCUUAUAGUGGAAUAAUAUAUGUUCUAUGUACAUUUUAUGUACAAUUGGUGAAGACUGACACUCGCGAAACAAGUUAUACAAAUGAGAACUUAAAUGAAACUGAGCUCCUUGUUGAAAUAACCAACUGCAUUGUUAUAUUUUAAACAAAUCAUGGAGGAACAUGUGGUUAUUCAAGGAGCACAGCAUUAAACAUACAUACAUACAUACAAGCAUACUAACGAUUAUAAAUGUCAGUAGUUAGUAUAUUGGAAUAGACUGGAUUAAUCAAGUCUCUUAGGAAUUACACAUGCAUUACCUUAAUAGUACUCCUCUUUCCAAGUAAACUGUUUUAACUGGUAGUCUAUGGUAGAAUAAAGUAAUUUUAAAAUAACUUCUUUCUACCCUACUCACCUUUAAUUAAGUAGUGAAUAACUCCUCGAUAAUUUCCAUAUUAAAUAUUAAAUUUCUUUACAAAACAACUGACUUGUAAUGUGGCAAUUUAGAAGGUUCAGAAAAAUUUAUCGACUUUAAUGCAAAGCUACCAAACAUUUUAGAAUUGAGAGACUCAAUUACUUACACAAGAUGAAAGUAUUUUCUAAAUUAUUUUUGAACUUUAUAAGUCCAGGAAUUAUUGGGAGGUCAAGAUGAAAAAAAAUUAAUUCAAUUUGAAUCUUAUUUCUUGCAUCUUUUGCAGUUUUGGUGUUCAAUUUGAAAAGUAAAUGGAAAAUUAGACACAUAGCUUUUAUUAAUAACUAUCUUUCCAGUUGAGAAUUUCUAAGGAAUGUCAGUGCCACUUAAGAAAUAACAAAGAGACUUUGAAAUUUACUUUCCCUAAAAGAAAAAAAAAAGAAUUACUUUCUAAGUUAUUUGUUCACUCCUGGAUAUGUCACCAAUUGGGAAUUGUCAGUCUCAUCUGUUAAAGUGAGAAGUGGAAGAGACAGCUCUCAAAUACAAUGGAGUGUGGGAAAUCCUGACCAUGUGAUUUUGUACCCUUUUAGUUCAUUUUUGCCAUCGGAAAAUGAAACAUAGACAGUAUUUCUAGCAGAUAAGAUAGAGUUGUGAUAUAUGUUAUUCAACUAUAAUUGGCAAUACCUUAGGGAAUCAAUCUUUUUUGAUACUGUACCUUGGAAAAUAGGAACAAGCAGGGAGUAAACUUUCAAUAUACUGAUACCUGUGGAAGUCACUGCCACUAUUCUUCAGUCAUCAUCUGUUUCCUAAUCUUGCCAUUUGCUCACAUGUAAAAAUGACAUAUAAUCAAUCAAUCUGCUUAGUCAUUUAAAGGUAUGAAUUGUAUAUAAAAUAUAAAGAUUUUAAUUUAUCCAAUUUAAAAAAUUACGUGCACGGUCUUUCAUUUCUUGUAUUUUAAUCAUUAAGUCAGUGUUCUAAAAUUAUAAGGUUACUGAGAAAUUUUAUUCCAGUACUCUACCUAGACAACAUUUGUAGUUUUCAAGUUGCCAAAAUAAUACAGGACAUCCUUCAUUCAGUUUGUAAUAAAAAUUCUAACUAGUGUGCAA